GCGGGCGCGGCCGGGCAGAACCUUCCGCGGGCAGCCGCGCCGCUGACCGGUGACCGCCGCGCCGCGGAGUCAGUCGGUCGCCGGGGCGAGAACGAGACAGCCAGGCAGGGCACACCCGUUACCAGCGCGGCGCGUGCAUCGGGCCACAGCCAGAGGGGCCAAGUAGUGGGGUGGGGACAGGCGAAAUAUCCUCCUGCUCCUCGUUCAUUCCCGUUCUUCCUCGGCGUGCUCACGGGCGGGAGGGAGGGAGGGGGCGAGGCGGACCUGGGAGGGGAGAUCCCGGCGUGACCCGGGCGGAGAUGGCGAAGGGCGGCGGGGAGAGGGGCGCGCUGCUGCCGGUCUCGGCGGACGACGGGAAGGGCAACGGCGGGGGCGGCGGGGCGGGCGAGGACGCCGCGCUCUUCAAGGGGUCCGCCAUGACCCGCCGCGGCGCCGUCGCCGCGCUCUCCUACAUGGCGUGCUCAGUGUUGCUAGUGAUGUUCAACAAAGCAGCUCUAUCUUCGUAUAAUUUCCCUUGUGCAAAUGUCAUUACACUCCUUCAGAUGGUGUGCUCAACAUGCCUUCUUUAUGUUCUGAGACGGUUAAAGAUCAUCUCCUUCACAAAUAUUGAUCCAUCAGUGCCUUCUGAUGCACUAUUCUUUGUGCCGUUUAGGAUAUUGUUGCGCACCACACCUCUUUCUUUGGCUUAUUUACUCUACAUGCUAGCUUCGAUGGAAUCUGUCCGUGGAGUCAACGUUCCUAUGUACACAACUCUUCGGCGCACAACAGUAGUGUUCACAAUGACCAUGGAGUAUUUCUUGGCCAAGCAGAAGCACACCCCACCUAUAAUAGGCAGUGUGGCAUUGAUCGUAUUUGGAGCGUUUGUUGCUGGAGCUCGAGACUUGUCAUUUGAUGCUCGUGGGUAUGCCAUUGUCUUCGUGGCCAACAUUACAACUGCUGUUUAUCUUGCUACGAUAAACCGUAUAGGAAAAUCUAGUGGUCUCAAUAGCUUUGGCCUGAUGUGGUGCAAUGGACUUGUAUGUGGACCUUCAGUACUGUUUUUGACAUAUAUUCAGGGUGACCUAAAGAGGGCCAUGGAAUUUCCAUACCUUUAUUCCCCUGGGUUUCAGGCUGUGCUGCUAUUUUCAUGCAUCCUAGCAUUUCUGCUGAACUACACAAUCUUCUGGAAUACUACCCUUAAUUCUGCACUCACACAAUCAAUGUGUGGUAACUUGAAGGAUUUCUUCACAGUUGGGAUUGGUUGGGUACUCUUUGGUGGGCUUCCUUUUGAUCUGCUUAAUGUUAUCGGGCAAGGGCUAGGCUUUCUAGGCUCUGGAUUGUAUGCCUACUGCAAGAUCAAAGGAAAGUAGGCAUCUGAGGUCAAAUGGAAGUAGAUAUUGGUGUUUAAUUGAGAGGGGCCAGUGUGCUUUAACCAAAGUAGCGUUGUUCAUGCUGUUUGCUCCUGCAUAGAGGAGAGAAAUUUUGUAGGUUUUCUUGUAUGUAUAAACUUAAGUUCAUGAAUACAAGAAUACCCAAGAAAAUAGAGUAUACCGAGAUUUGACUGAUGCUUUA